AUGAUUCUUCUGAAAGUGUUCUUUUUAUUCUGCUACUUAGCAUAUGGUACGUCGCUGAACGAACGUCUCGAUGUAGAUGCAAAAAGCCCGCAUGAAAUACAAGUUAUGGCACGUGACUCAGGCAUGCUUUCUUCUGGCGGUUCGGCGUAUCUUGACCUUUACAUAUACUAUGGUAAACAGCUAAAAAAACAUAUUUACCAUAGAUAUCGCAUAUUGAAAUAUUUGAGAGAGUUUUUGAAGAAGGUCAACGAAAUACUGGCAACUGCCAAACCUACACUAACUGUGCAAUUCAGGCUCGUUGGAGCCAGUCAGUGGAAUGAGGAUUUCAGAGCUCUCACUAAAGACAAGCAAGCCCUAGAUUCCGAACUUCUGAAAGCAGUACUCAAGGUAUUCGGCAAUAGGCUAGAGGUGCGCUGGCACAAGGAACGUGGAAUACGCAUUGAUGCUGUGUUGUUAGUCACCAUGAGACACAUUAGAAAUGUAUCCAUGAGUGAGUUGGAAAACAUUACAGCAAAUAGUGAUAUGACCAGAAAUCAGAAUUAUAAUCUGGCGGGGAUUGCUGGACGAAUCGGAGGUAUUUGUCUGAAGGAACAUUUUGUCGCAGCCGCGACGGAUGAUGGUCACUUUGGUGGUGUUACUAGCGCUGCUCGCCAGCUGUCAUUCCCCAUGGGUGCUGUGGAAGACGGUCAAGGCCCUCCUGGUAGGGAGUAUGUUCAAGGAAGUGAUGGCGCAUCAUGGUGCCCGUACAGUGACGGCUAUCUUAUGGGGAAGCCGAAUGGGCAGAACAGCGAAAGGCUGUCCACGUGCUCUGGGUCCUCGUUCAUAAUGGGCAUAAGGCAACGUGGAUCCGGGUGUUACAACAGCAUCCAACCCAAAGAACUUUCGGACCGUGAAAUCCUGGAAUAA